UAUCAAUCAGUACGUAUAAUCCUUGCCAACCAUCUCCCGAGUCUUGCCGCCCUGCAGCCGUCGCCGCCUCGUAUGCAGCCACCGUGCAUGCGCCGAGGCCCGUAUUCACUCGACAUGAAACUCGUUCUCGAUUCCCCAUAUUUCCUCUCUCUAAAAAAAAAAAAAAAAACGGCAUGCCAAAACAUGCCUCUUCCACGAGUUAUGUAUUCCCCCUUCAUCUUAUCCAUUGCUGCAGCUUCGGCAGACCCGAAUGUAACGUCUCUCUGCACCAACCUGUGCCGACCGCCGCUAUAUGAUAUGGUAGCGUAGCAGUAGGAUACCUAACUAGCCUCACUUCUAGCCUAACGUCACGUCGCCUAAACAUUGUAAACAACCGCUGUUCCGGUUCCUGAAUAACGGACGGUGGCCGGAGCGAGUUGGCUAUGGUUCAACCCAACAGAUCCUCCCCUCUCCUACAAAUCCCGUCGGGUACCUCUGGGGUACAUAAUGGAGAAAUACAGAGCGGAUCUGCGAGCAACCGGAGCUAGAAUAAGGCCGCGGCCCACCAAAUUGCAUGGACUGAGGUAGAAUAUGUAACUUUUUUAGACUAGAGGUGUGUUGGACUCUUCCAUAGAUUUGGGUUUCUUUGCUCCUUAUAGAGUACAUAGUACACAUGUGGA